AUGCAAACCCACCUCACAGCGCUCCUCUUCCUGCUCCCUCUCCUCUCCAAUGCCCUCCCAGCCCAAAACUCCUCCCCCAACCCUAACCUCCAAACCCGGGCCCAAAAAGAAACCCAACUCACCCCCAAACAAAUCGAAACCAUCGCCCCCAAAUCCAAAUCCUGCGAAUCGGCUUCAUCAAAAGACGAAUGCGCGACGGCAGCGCAAGCCGCGCCGGCCAUCAGCGCGUCCUUCGACAAGUACAAGGUGCAUUCGCGGGCCGAACAAGCCGCUGUUAUCGGGCUGAUGGCUUUUGAAAGUGAAGAGUUUCAAUAUAACCGGAAUCAUUCGCCCGGGGUGCCGGGUAAGGGGACCCGAAACAUGCAAUCCCCAACCUACAACCAAAAAUACGCAUCGUCCCUCCCCGACAUCGCAGACGCAGCAGAACAAGCCUCCUCAGACGCAGACAAGGUGCUCGACCUGCUAGUCGACAAAACAGAGUACGAUUUCGGAUCCGGGGCGUGGUUCCUGACGACACAGUGUGGGGAUGAUGUGCGAAAGCAGUUGCAGUCUGGGAGUGAGAAGGGCUGGAAGGCUUAUAUACGGGAUUGUGUGGGGACGGAGGCGAAUCGGGAGAGGAGGGGGUAUUGGGAGAGGGCUGUUGAUGCGUUGGGUUGA